AUUUGAAUGGCUUUGUCAAUUUAAAAGAUUUUGGAUUAAAUUUAAAUUUUCUGUGUUUAAAGGCUGUAUAUCACUUGAAUUAGUGCUUAAUCAUUGAUUUUAUUACUUCUAAAGUCUGCAUUAUUUGAAAUUGAUCAUAAAAUUGUCAGGAUUAAGAGAAUUUCGUUGUUGAAAAUUUCCAUUGUUCUCUUUUCGAAGAAAAACGCAGUGAAUUGAAGCAUCUUUGGAUUAUAGACUAGAAAGCAAUUGUGGAUACGCUUAAAAGACAAAUAUAGACAUCUGAUUUAUUUCUCAUUUGCUAUCAAAUGGAUACAACUGCUUCACUGCUCUUAAAAAAACAAUUAUCAGAGCUCAAUAAGCAUCCAGUAGAAGGAUUCUCAGCAGGUCUCGUCGAUGAUAAUGACAUUUUUAAAUGGGAAGUGCUGAUUAUUGGACCGCCAGACACUCUCUAUGAAGGCGGAUUCUUCAAAGCUCAUCUUUACUUCCCAAAAGAAUAUCCAUUACGACCUCCCAGAAUGCGCUUUGUAACAGAAAUUUGGCAUCCUAAUAUCGAUCAAAACGGAGAUGUUUGUAUAAGCAUCCUUCACGAGCCAGGUGAUGAUAAGUGGGGAUAUGAAAAAGCUUCUGAACGUUGGCUUCCUGUGCACACAGUCGAGACAAUUAUUAUUUCAGUAAUUUCAAUGUUGGCUGAGCCGAAUGACGAGUCACCAGCUAAUGUAGAUGCAGCUAAACAAUGGCGAGAAUCCUAUCCGGAAUUUAAAAGACGAGUAGCACGUUGCGUUCGUAAAAGUCAGGAAGAAUAGAAUAAUCAAUUUUUUUUCUAAAUACAAGAAGUAACUGAUGAAGAAAAGCGUAAUAAUUAAUAAUUAUAAUCUGAAGAAUAAACACAAUUUUUGCUCUAUCCUCUUCUCGAAAGGAAAUUAAAAAAACAAACAGAAUAUAUACCUUACAUUUAUAUGAAAAGAGGAAAAAGAAAUGUCAAGUAUCAAUUUAAACAAUUAUUUGAAUUUGGCAAUAUGUUGAAUGAAUUAAAAUAAGCUUUGAAAAAAAAAUAUAUAUAAAUUAUCGACGAUCAAGAAAAUCAAUCGAUUCACAAAAAAAAAAACUUGGAAUUACAUCAGGUAAUUGAGAACUUCUGCUUAUUAUCGCCCAUUUUAUUCUUUUGUAAAUGCUCUUUUUAAAGAAGAAUUUAAAAAUAUAAAAUAGCAAGGCACAUCACUAAGAAAAGUCUUUUGAGAAG